GGGCGGGCGGCGGUGUCGCUGUGCGCGGUGCCCGAGCGCUGAGGGAAAAGUGCCUCAGUUGGGACAAAUCUGAUCAGGCUGAUUCACCACGAGCGACUCUCGGUGCAGGUCCACUGUGGCAGCCACGGGCGGAGAAGGAAAGGCUCGAGUCUUGCCAGGGCUGAGUGCCGAGUCAUUUUGGUGAGGCUGCUGGACAUCCACUGGAAGCUUUGCCUUUGCUUAGAUGCCUGUGCCAUCCUACUAAUGAAUCUCAGGAAUCUGAAUGGAACCCAUCAUGCAGGCCAGGACAAUGUGCUUUUUAUGCUCAAGGAACCUGAUAGGCCAAUCAAGGUAAGAACCUGUUAAUUAGGUACUUAAUCAUUGUCAGUCUCUUGUAUUCACUAGGCAUUCUCCUAGUCAAUCUAGGAGGCUUCAAAAUGUGUGUGACAGUGUGAUAUCCCUUAGACUGACUUGAGAAAUAGAGAAUGACUGUACUCAUUUUUACCAGCAGGUGUCUAAGGAAGAUGUAGAUCUGAAUAUUCUCAGAUGUUUGGUAUCUAGACGUGCCUAGCAAAAAGAAACAAAGCUGCCUGCAACAAUAAAGACACUUCUCCUUUGACAAGGAUUUGAAAAAGUGUUGAAUUUUGAAAGAGUAAAUGAGGUGUCUUUUCAUUAAAGCAUUUUUAACAACAUUGACCAAAAUUUGUCACUCCAUGCUUGAAAAUUAAGCCUGAAUUAAUGGUAAUUAUAACAUUUUCAUAACAGAAUUGACCUGCUUUUUAUUCUGUAAAUGUUGGCAGCUAUCCCUAGCUAUUACACCUAGAGGAUAUACAUAAAAGCUUUAUAUAAAAAUACAAUAUAAGUAUUGCAAAACAAAUGAGAAAUAGAGGAAAAGGAAGAGAAAGAAAUAAAGAGAGAGAGGGAAGGAGAAAAGAAGGUGGGCCCCAUUUAGAUAACAUUUAAAAUGCUGAGCCUAUUUGUACAGCAGUGCUCAUGCUCUCUCAGCUGGAUUAUUUGCAGCUGAGAAGCCUUUUUGUAGCUCUGAUGUGCUGGAUGGUGGCAGGGCACAGAAGCUGCUGCUAUAGUCUUUGGCUGUGGAAGCCAGCCAUCCCUCAGAGAUACCAGCAUCAGGGAGCCUCUGGUACCUCACUGCAAGCCCUGCCUUAUCCUACUGUGGAGUGGUGGAGUCUUUGAAAAGCCCUUCUCUUUCCCCUCCUGCAAACUGGAUCCAUGUCCAUGCCUGCCUCAGGAUAUCUCUCUGGGACAUUUUUCCAGGUUACUUUUAAGUUGUUAAUGCCAGGAAGAUUUUGGUGUAUGACUUAACAACUGUCACUCUCUACACUUCAGGAUUUGGAAAGUGGUACGUAUUUUUAAAUUCAGCCUUUAAAAUUCUCAGCUAGUAGGCCAAUGCACCCAUUGCAAACUCAAUUUUUUCAUGAGGCUUGCUUUUUAUAUUGCCCUACACUUCAGAUAGCUAUAAGGAAACUGUACUUUCUGGCUAGCAUGGAAAAGUCUUCUGCAGUCCUUAAUAAUUUUUAUAUGUUCCUUAAAUACUCUUACACACAUUCUUCAUUCUGUUUACUGGGGAGCAUGUAUUCUGGGCUAGAACCUAUUAAGAUAUAUAAAAUAUAUCUAUACUUUGUGGUCCACAUCAGGGAAUAAAUCCUGACUUGACACAGUUGGUGUCAACACAUCCAUGUUUCUCAGAAUCACUUUUCACAGAAUCACUGGGUUGGUGUUGUCUAGUAUUGCAAAAGCUCCAUACCUUCUUAGUGAUUUCUCACGGGCAGCUCCUUGCAGCACUGACUCCUUCUUCCCUACAGCAUAGCAAACAAAGUCAAUCCAACUUCUCGGCCAGCCAACCUACUCUUUUACAAGACCCAUCCUAAAUGGAUCUAGCUGUGGCCUAUUAAGGGCAGGCCUGUUCCUAAUUCAGCUGUAACUCCUUAGGGGUGAGAUUACCUUCAUCACUAUCUCUAUUCUCCUACAUUCCAUCCAUCCACAGGCUGGAAGAGAGACCUUCAAGAUCAUCAAGUCCAACCCAUGUCCUAACAGUUCAACUAAACCAUGGCACCGAGUGCCACAUCCAGUCUGUUGAAUCCACCAGCUCCCUAGGCAGACCAUACCACUACUUUAUCUCUCUUUCCAUAAAAAACUUUUUCCUAAUAUCCAACUGAUAUUUCCCUUGGCACAGCUUAAGACUGUGUCCUCUGGUUCUGUCAGUUGCUGCCUGGAGAAAGAGACCAACCCGCACCUGACUUCAACCAUCUUUCAGGGAGUUAGAAAGUGAUAAGGUCACCUGUUUGGAACAGCCUGACCAUGUAAAAAAUCAGCUGGAUCAAAUCGUGGCCUGGUGCCUAUCACAUAAUAUUUUGUACCUGUGUGUGCACAAUAUUGUACUACCAUACCUUGCUGAGAGAGGACCCUCUGCUUCCUUAGCACCAAGUCACAUUCUGUGUUUUGUACUAUGUACUAUGCAGGAAAACUGUGUGUCAUGUUGUUGAAAGUUCUGUUUACUGGAGAAGGGGAAACAAGACAACAGUAAUUCCUGCAGUCAAUAAAACAGCAACCCGGUUGUGGUUUGCAUAAUCUCAAUUAAGAUGAAAAUGCAACUAAGCAUAAGUAAAGUGCAGUUGGAAAAAUGUAACAGCUGUUUCAGACAUAAUAAGAAAUGUAAUUGCCAACUCCUGAGCUCUGUGUUAUCCAACCAUCAGUUUAUGCAUCACAAUCCUUGGAGAUUUUAAGACCUUUUUGGAUCAAGCCCCAAGAAACCUUUUCUAACCUCAUUACUCAUCUUGCUUUGAACAGCUGGCUGUAUCAGACAAUGUCCUGAGUCCUCUGCCCUGAAUUUUCCCAUGGUCUUGUGAUUCUGUGACCCCUCUCAGGACUAAAAACAUCAUGUGCACUAGGUGUUUUAAAUAUAGUUCAUGUGUUUUUUAAUAUCCAAAGUAACCAGCUGCCAAGAAAGAAGAAGAAGAGAAAAGAGAAAAGAAAAGAGAAAGCCUCCUAGACCUGCCGUUAGUGGUUACCAAAAUCACAGGUGUUGACCUUUUCUGGAUGUGACAAGAUGGAGGAAACCAGGACUGAAAAAGUAUACACCAUUAAGAAGUGCUUUUCUUUCCCUCCUGACAAUUCUAUUUAAUUUCCUUGGGAGCAGAUCCCUGCUCUGUCUUUCCUAGGACACAUUAAUUUCUAAUGGAUUUUGGUCCCUUGACUCAACAGCAACCUCACAGAUUUUUGCCAAGCUGUCUGGAGAUUGCCUAGCCUGAUCGCUAUGUUAUGGAAUACAAGAAUUUCAGCAAGCUGACCCUCUAUUUAAUCUCAUUGCUUGGUUCAGACUUUUGAAAAGGCAUUCAGGUUUAAUGGGAAAACAUAAAAAGAAGCAGAAACCACAGCUUUUCCUUAGUAGUGUGUGUAGGACAAUAACCUCUGUUGAUAGUAUGUGCCUCAUCUCUAACUUGCAUUUGAUUUUAAUUGCAUGACUAUUAGUUCUGGUUACACUUUCUACCAUAGAUCAGCACCUGGUAUUUUCUUUCCAUGAAAGAAACAAGUGUUAUUAAGGCUCCUGUCACCCUUCUCUGCCUGAUAAAUUAAAAUAGGCAUCUCUUUAGUCUGUUGUUUUAGGGCAUUGUCUCCACACCUUGAUUUACUUUUGUGUAAAAUGUGGGAAAUGAGUUUUGUCUACACUAUGAAUUGCUCUCAGGUGAGUCUGCUGUCGAAAGGAAGCUGCCUCUGCCUACAGGGAUACAGUGGUCUAUAAAACAGACUGCUGUACUAACAUUCCCUUUUUUAUGGGUACAUGAAUGAAAUAAAAGUUAUUACAGAAACACACAUUCAUUAAAAAAUCUGCCAGUUUUUAUGUCUUUAAUUUAAAGUGAAGUUACAGUGUAUGAAUGCAUAUACUCCGGAGUGCUGUGAUAUACCAGUUUAUGACAUUAUGGAAACACUGGGUUUAGAAGUUCCUUUUUAAAAACCUGUAAUUGAAAUUUACAGUUUAAUUACAGGCUAUAGUUUAAGAUAAUUAAAUCUUCAGGGAAUUCUUACAUUCUUUAAAAUCAAAUAGUGUUAACUCACACUAAAUUAUUCAAAAAGAAUAAGGUUUUUCUUGGUUGUACUGACCUUUUGAAAACCCUCAGAGCAAAGAGAAUAAGGACACUAAGGUAAAAUGAUUAAUGAGUCUUGGUAAAUGGAAUUUCGUCACAUACAAUUAUAAAAAAUGUUGCCCUAGGAAAACAGGUUUUUGAGGACAACCUGUCAUCAUUUAUAUAUGUUUUUAACUUCUCUCACUUUCACAGAAAGGGCAUGUUUGCAUAUGUUUUAACAUGCCCCUAUUGUAUGGCUGAGCAUUUUUACAAUCAGAGAAUAAUUCUAAAAUAAAAUAAUGGCAUUACAUGAGAUUCCUAGUGUUCUGCUUGUAUGGAUAGGAUAGGAUACAGUAUAUCACUCAAUGUUAAGGGGCUCAAUAAAGCAAAUAAUGAAAAAACCCCUCAGUUCUUUAUCAAAGUUACAGAGAUUUGAGUGAGGUGGAAGGUACAAUUUUGACCUCUCUAUAGGCAGUGCUUUCAGUGCCACUGAUGGUUCUAAAGCCAAGAGUCUACUUUGAGGCUGCCUACAGCAGAAAUUUGAAGCUACACGUCAAAUCCUAUUACAACUGCCCUGUUCAUACUUUGGAGGACCUUCUGCACAUCAGCAACAAGAAUAUAGAGUAAUUUUGUAGUAAUUCCUUACAGUUGUGUGAGAUUCAUCAACUGCUGAGAGCUACUGUCCUGGGAAGAACAGGGGACAAGGUCAUAAUUUUCAUUCCAUUCUGUUCCUUCUGCACUGCUUAGUUAGUUCAAAAGGGCCAGGGAACAUGGUAACUGAGGAUUAUCUUUGCUGCUGAAGAAUUCCUGCAUGUAUCGUUUGUAGAUUUGUUCCUCAGAAUUUCACAUUUCCCAUAGUAUAAUUUUGUCAUUCCUUCUUUAAUUCCCUUUUUUUUUCAGAAUCUAAUUUUUAAGAGUGAAUCUCUCAAAACUUCAUGAAGUCUCAACCAUGAGGUCCUUCUACAAGGACUUUUCCUAAAAGACAGGAUAUAUGUAGGGAUAUAGAUGGGCUUUUCAAAGCCCAUCUACAUCCCUACAUAUAAUGCAAUAACAUAGUACAUACUGAUUUGUUGACACAUAUUUUUAUAGGUAUGUUUAAAAACUGUACAGAUAUUUUAAAACUAAAAUAUUAUGAAAAUGUAAGUAUAUAAUUCCAAGAUCUUAAGAUUUUUCUAUGCUUUUUUAACAAAGAAGAAGCUUUUUUACUUUUUGCACAGAGCUUGCUUUUUCGUAUGCCAGUCUGAAGAAAAUCUGAUAGCUUCAAACAGUGUCUUACAGCUUGUAAAAAUUAAUGUCUUUCUUUAGGUUUGAUUUGAAUACUCAGUGAGGACUCUUAAGAUAUAGUUAUCUUACAUGCUCUGGAGAUAACAAGAUAUUUCAACUACUUGUCUUGAUUUCCUGCUUAGAAAUGUAAUAGAAAAUGGUGCUUUAAGAAUGAGGAUUAAGCUGAUUCAUUUAGAAGGCUACUUUUGAAUGUCUGUUCAUUCAAAUGCUGGUAUUUCAAUGAGUCAUAAAAAGCUGUUCUGAAAAGUGCCUGCUUCAUUCCACUGUCCAUCCAGUGAAUGUAAAUAACCAGUUAUAGACAAUUGCACAGUCCACGUUUGAUCAGGUGAAUCCUACCCACUCUGGGUGCCGUAACAGUUCAAGUGGGAAGAGAAUUAAUAAAUAACAUUUUUCACCAAGGGAAAUGUCUUCAGCUAAUAGGAAAAAAUGGUCUUAAUUGUAGUGCAGACCAGAUUUUCAUAAAGCUCCACCCUGAUAGCUCAGGGCAAAUUUCAGUGCAUGGCACACCCAUUGACAUUGCAGUGUAAAACGUUAUGACACAUUCCAUCAUCAGAAGCAUCAGAGGUGUUCUGGGAGAGCUUUAUAACCUCUGCUUCUUGUCAGUACUUUCCAGCAAACACAAAUUCUUCAGGCUGACAUCCAAGCAAGGAAUGUGCCCUCCUACCACCACGAUGAUCUUACACCCACUUAUUUUUAGUGUUCACUUUAAUUCUUGUCCAUUCACUGUGAGUGAUAAAACAGACUGUUGCUUCCUUCCUAGUUCCAUGAACUGCUAAAUCACAGUUUCUUCUAGGACCUCAUCCAAAGCCUAUUGAGAUUGAUUAAAAGAUUUAUCCAUCCCCUAAAUGAGCUCUGCUGCAGGCCUUGAGUUCAGUGAUGCAUAAGGCAACUGGCUAAAUGUUUGAAGAGAGAAUAUUAUGCUGGAAGAGGCUGUAGUGGUCUUCUGAUUCAAAUAUCCACAUAACUUUCCACAUAAUCUGGAAUUCUUCAGAUUUCCCCGAAUUUGCCUCAUUUCAUGGAAACAUACUGUUUGUACCUUAGUCUGGAAUGCCUGCUGAAUCCAGUUGAGUAUCAGAUCAUCCAAGUUCACUGUCUAAUGUUAAAAGCAGACACAGGGCAUUGACCAUUCUAGUACUCACUGCUGUAAUUUUUGAGGAGAUUUCCCCCAAUAUUUUAAGUAUUGCAGUGCUUAGGUUUUUACAUUUACCACAACAGAAGUUUUUACAUGCGACAUUAGAGAAAAGCAGACUUGCUGUGCAUGUGUUUCCAGCCAAUAUUCAUCCAAUUACUGGAGCUUGCUAGGUGCUGAGGUCCUUCUAAUUGAUCAAGGCAGAAGUUGCUUGCUGGACUCAUUAAGAAACCAUUCUGAUUUUUUGCAUUUAUUUAAACACAUUUUUAUUUUGAAUAUACUUAUGCUGCAACUCAGAGGUGUGAUUUCUGCUGGUGUUGGUACAUAUAUUUGGGCUAGACUUAAACUGAGCUGUAUAGAAACAGGUAACAGUGUAUCUGUUAGCACAGCCAGUGCUGUAGAUAACUUUUUCAGCCUUUACUGGCUCUGCCUGUCAGACACCAUGAAAAAUUAGCAGAAUAAAGUUCCUGGGUAGCAGCGAAGGUGGUAAAAGUGGAAUUUUCAUAAUGAUGACAUUUCACAAAUGGGUGUACAACUUGGGUCUGGUAAUGCUUGUUUAACUCCAAAAUGUGAACAUUGAACAGAGAGGAAACUAGUUUCUCUGGCUGGCAUGCUGAACACAAGAGAAACCUGUUUUACCUACCAAAUUGUGUCUCCACUGUAUCCACUUGACUGGCUUGGAGCAGUUGAUUAUUAUUAAAUCCUUUCAUGCUAGGUUAUACUUCUUCAGAUUCAUUCCUAAUAUGCAGAAGUGAGGUUCAAAACCAAAUUUCCCUUGCAUGGUGAUCUUUGUACACAAAUUAGUCUUUCAGGUGUUUGUCAGAAACAGGCAUUUAAAACAUACUUAGGCCAGAGACCUGACAAAUGGUUGUUUCUAUAGCCUUGAAUAUGUAGACAAACUAAGGCCUUUUGUUUAGUUAAAACACAGAUGUCUUAGCAGUUAAUUAGAACUAACGUGAUCUGUUUCUUCUGCUUGUUCUGGAUGGACAGGAAUUUUUUAGCUAAGAAUAUUGUGUAUUCUGUAACAGAAGCAGAAGUUUUUUAUAACUACGUGCCCCUAAGUUUAAAUUUCACCAGUUUAGCACAAACUGAAGCACUGCUUGUUUUUGUUUGAGUUACCAGUCUGACCUAAAUCAAACAGUGACACACAACUGCAUAAUAAAACCCUAAGACAACUGUCAGUGGAAAUGAGCAAAUCACCAGAGUGCUGGGGAAUGUAACAGUACUAUAACCUCUUGUUAUAGUUGUGUGAUCAGUUUUGUUUACCUGAAACCCAAGUCAAAUCCAACAGAACAAACAGCUUAGCACUUAGUAAGCAUGAAUGGGAUACCAGUUUAGCUCAGUUCUCUCUAACUGUGCUAAUUUUCCGGUUACUCAUAACCCAUUUUUAUUCUUUGUGUGCAAAGAAAUGUGCAGAGUGGGCCUGCAAUACAUGGUAUAGUUAUAGGCAGUCACUGGCUAUAGGGCUGAAAGUUGUCUCAGUUUCUUAUCUGCUCAUGCUCCAUAGUUUCUUAUCUUACUAUACUGAUACCCACUUCUGGGGCUGUGCUGCAAACAGGGCCACUGGAAUGAGCUGCAAUUGUUGUAAAACUCUCUCUAGAAAGCACUGUAUAGCGCAGGCUGCAGAAUAGGGUUUGGAGGGCUGUGGAUUGCAGAGCUGGGAGGUGCUGAAUGGAGGAUGGGAGGGGGAGACAUCCCACAGUAACACUGCUCCCUGUUCAGGUACAGUAGUUAGUUAGUGUUUGGGCACCAGAGAAGGACCACAUUUGAUAAAAGAAUGUAGGAUUUGAAGUGGUGUUUCAGGGAAACCAGAGCGUAUAUUGCAGUGAAAAGUAGCAGCUGCAGAGCAGUUUUAAAAAUUGUUUAAACCUUGUUUAGGUGCUGGUAAGACACGACUCUUGAAAUUUUGUCUGAAUGGACAUAUUUUCAUUCAUAAAUAUAAAUGUGCUUAAGUUUUCUGCUAACUGGGAACUUACUGAAUCCUUACAUACCACACUUGAUUUCUGAAUGUUUAACCAUGAAAAUCUUCUACAUGUUACCUACGGUGUAUAUCCUGUUUGGAAAUGAAAGGAUGAAAACCUCUCUGAGUGCAUGGAUACAUGUGUAAGAAAUGGAGCUUGUAUGUUGUUAUAGAAUGGAAUGUAACCAUUUCUGUUCCUUCAUUUUUUUAUCGGUUCUAAAUCUAUUCAGGACAAUCCCUAAUAUGACAGUCCAUUUAUUCUCUUACUUUCUGCUGCAGAAUUCCUUUAUUGGCAUUUCUGUAGAAGAAGAGAUCAAAUACUUAUACUAAAGUAUCUUAAACUAGCAAGCCCCUAGGAGCAAAAAGGGAAGAUGGGAGUCUACAAUACUGUUGCACAACUGGGCAAAAUUUGUGACAUUUGCAAGCAUUUUCACUAAUGAACUUUUGGGCUACAUUCAUGCUAAUGAAUUAAACAGUGCCAGCAAAUGUUCUUGGGACUGCAAAUUGAUUGUCUCUACCCUCAAGCUGACCUUGGCAUGGUUUUGCCCUGGCUGUGGUGUUUUCUUGAACAAUUUCUGGUGCAGUUUGGGGGCUAGCAUGCACCAUAACUGAUAGGAAGUUGAAAUGUUACCACCUUGUUUUGGGGACUGAGAGAGCUGAUUAGUAUUGAUAGGUAUGGUGGAGUGCCAGUUUGGCUCUGUGCCAUGGAAUGGAGAUGUGUACUAUGUGUGGCUUUGCCACUUGAGGCUGGGGUUCUUGUGAUGAAGUGCUACUUGUAAGCACUUUUUCCCAGUCUCCAAGAAAAGGAGUGGCAGUGACUGUUCAUCUUCGCUGGCUGUUUCUCACAUGUAAUAAGGAGUUACUAAAACCAACAGCAGACAUCUCCUGAGCUUUGCCUUAUCAUGCACCUUUUGCAGGUGAGGAGCUGCCAUGAUUGACUUCGUAAGCAUGAGUUGUUUUUUGUACUAUCACCCCUUUCCUAGUCUACAGAGGUGACACUCUCUCUUCUGUCACCACAAAGACUGGAAUCAGCUGAGUACGAAAACCUAUAAAAGCAAAUGUAAAAGACGUGAGAAGAUUGCAUGACUCCCUGGCAUACAAUUAAAGCACAGUGUUUAUGCAUGUUACCGUUCACAUCUGAUUUUCAUGAGAACAUAGUGUGAUGCUUCUGUUUAGGACUAUAGCUGACUGCAUUUGGCUGUGUACCACAAUGCAUAGGAUGCCACUCCAGCACUUCUGAAGAGGCACACAUCAAGAUUUGAGUAUAAUUUCUGUGUUAGACUUGCCCUGCAAUGAAAGAAUUUGCACAAAUCAAACAUUAGAUGUGUCUAGUCUGCACAGUUGAAAUUAACCUGCUAAAGGAACAGAAAAGAUUCUGUUACCCAAGCUGCUUUUUCAGCUCUGAAGGUAGGUUAAGAUUUAUAAGUAAGUACGACCUUAUUUUGCAAAUAUGGGGCACAGAGGACAGUCCAGCCAGAGCUGCAUUACCAAUCAGUUCACAUUUAAGUAACUACGAGGCUCCUUGAAUUUUUGCCAGCAUCCUUCUCCCUGUUCCGACCCAGAACCGCUCCCGACUCGCCUCCGAGCCCGAUCCCCAGGCCAGCGCGCCUCUGCGGGCUCUCCGGGUCGAUAACCGAGCAGCUCUCUCCACAACGGGAGAGCCGCUGCUCUGCUCGGAGCUGCAGGCAGAAAACAUUGCUCUCGAUGUAUGGUGUUGAGUUCUGAGAAUCCCACCCGUUUCCCAGCUGCAUCAGCCGCAGGAUGUGGGAGCGAUGGCUGAGGGCAGACCUACGUUCCUUGUGGCAGCUCCCUGGAACAUCAGGCCUGGAGCAAACUUGACUGUUGGGGUAGCUCUGCUGCCGGAUAGCCCAGCACGGGUCGCCGUAAAGGGAGAAGUGAUCAGAGAUAACGAGACCAUCUUGAGCAGGGAAAUGGUCUUUGAGAAAGGUACCUUUGGGACUCUUGUUCUUCCAGUACUGCCCCUGAACAGUGCUUCUGGGAAUUAUGAAUUACUGGUGGAGGGCCAUGCUGAUGGCCGGCACAUCUUCUCCAACCGUACCAGCCUGAUGUACCUGUCAAAGAGCACCUCCGUGUUCAUCCAGACUGAUAAAUCCAUGUAUAAACCAGGACAAGAUGUGCUCUUCCGUAUUGUCACUGUCUAUCCUGAUCUCAAACCUUACCAAGUGUAUCUGAAUAUAUAUAUCCGAGAUCCUCGGAAGAAAUUGAUUCAGCAGUGGUUGAUGGAGGAGGGCGAUUUGGGUGUAGUUUCCAAAAAAUUUCAGUUAUCAAUGAACCCUCCACUAGGAGACUGGUCCAUAGAGGUGGAAGUGAACGGUCAAGUUCAUUAUCAAAGAUUUAAAGUGAUGGAAUAUGUUUUACCAAAAUUUGAUGUAAUGAUAACAACACCCUUAUACUACUCUUUGAGAGAUGAAGAUGUAACUGGUGUUGUCUCUGCAAAGUACACAUAUGGAAAGCCAGUAAAGGGAACUGUAACAGUCACUUGUCUUUCUGUUUCUUACUGGACAAACAAGAGAAAUAUAACAACAACAAUGGAGAUAAAUGGGUCCGUGAAUGUAACCUGUAACAAGCUGAUGUUGCAGAACUUGAAUGCUGAGCAGCUGUGGCACCAAGCUGACAGCGAUUUCACAGAGCCGAUAGAAAUGAUCGCGGUGGUGACUGAGUCACUCACAGGAAUCUCCCAAAAUUCAAGUACCAUCAUAUUUCCAAAGCAAAGUGACUAUUUUAUUGAAUUUCUGGACUACACUAGAGUUAUAAAGCCUUCUCUGAACUUCAUCGCUACUCUAAAGGUGUCACGUUCUGAUAGCAGCCAGCUGACAGCUGAAGAGAGGCAGAAUCUUGUAACAAUCACUGCACAAGAGUCAGACCUGCUUUUCCAUCACUCUUCACUUUCUCAUUUGGAAAAUGAGGCAACAGAAGAGAGAAAUCUGACAGUCCAUAUGCUGAACUACACAGUUCCAGCAAAUGGAGUAAUUGAUGUUGAGUUUCCAAUCCUGUCUGAUACCAAAACUCUGAGAGUUCAGGCGGAGUUCCUCAGCAGUAAGACUGACAUAGGUGUUUAUGAUGUGUUCAGCUCCCCCAGUCAGACUUAUCUCCAGGUUAAAACAAAGAGCCAGGAUAUAAAGGCUGGGAAGCCUUUUGAGCUGAGCAUUGCAAGCAACAAGCCAGUGAGAGAGUAUCACUAUCUGGUAUUAUCUAAAGAACAAAUUAUGGCUUUUGGCACAAAAUCUACAAAAACAUUCACUUUAACAGCAGAAAAUUCCUGGGCUCCUUUGAUAUCUAUACUUGUAUUCUACGUAGAUGAGUUUGGAGUGGUUGUAAAUGAUGCCCUCACUGUCCCCAUCCAGCCUGCUUUGGAUGACAAGAUUAAAAUCUCUUGGAGCAAAGAUAAGGCCAAGCCAUCUGAGAAAGUCUCCCUUAAAAUCAGUACAACACAGCCAGGAUCAGUAAUUGGACUUUCAGUUGUUGAUAAAAGUGCAAAGCUUCUGGGAGAAGGUAGUGACAUAACAGAAGAAUCUGUCCUCCAUGAGCUCAAUUUAUACAGCACAGUGCAGUAUUUCCCCCUGGUCAGAGGUUCUUUUGGUGUAUUUCAGAAAUGCAGCCUUUGGGUAUCAACUGAUGCAGUUCUUGAGGAGGAUAAGGAACAUUUUCUUUAUGGUGGAAUGAUACCUAUAGAGGAUGGUUUUGGUGAUGAUAUGCCGGUAUCUAAAAAUGGACCUCCUGAUUUCAGCAAUCUCUAUGUGAGGACACAUUUUCCAGAGACUUGGCUUUGGACUGACACUAAAACAAGAUCUGACACAGAAACCACAGUGGAUGCCAUUGUACCUGACACCAUCACAUCGUGGGUAGCCAGUGCUUUUGUGGUCUCUGAAAGCGGCGGGCUCGGAGUGACGACUGCUCCGGUGGAGCUAGAAGUUUUUCAGCCUUUUUUCAUUUUCCUGAACCUUCCAUACUCUGUCAUCAGAGGAGAGCAGUUCAUUCUGGAAGUGAACAUCUUUAAUUAUUUGAAAGAAGAAGCUGAGGUUACUGUGAUCCUGGAUGUGAAUGAUGCUUUUGAAAUUAUUCUAACAUCCAAUGAAAUAAAUGCUACAGCGAAUGAACAAUCUAUAUCUGUACCAAGUGAAGAUGGGAAAACGGUUCAAUUCCCAAUCAAGCCAAAACAGCUGGGAGAGAUUCCUGUCAAAGUGACAGCAAUAUCAUCUGCUGCUUCUGAUGCUGUUAUCCAGAAAGUUAUAGUCAAGGCUGAAGGACUGGAACAGACAUAUUCUCAGACAGUCCUUUUGGAUUUGACUGGGAAUAAACGACAAACAGUGUCAAAAACUUUGGAAUUCACUUUUCCUUCUGAUGUUGUAAGUGGCAGUGAGAGAGUGCAGGUCACUGCUGUUGGUGAUUUACUGGGGCCUUCUAUCAACGGUUUGUCAUCAUUGAUUAAGAUGCCUUAUGGCUGUGGUGAACAGAAUAUGAUCAAUUUUGCUCCGAAUGUUUAUAUUUUGCAAUACUUGACUAAAACCAGGCAGCUGAGAGAGGAUAUUAGAUCAAGAGCAGUAUCGUUUAUGAGAAAAGGGUACCAAAGAGAGCUGCUUUUCCAGAGGGAUGAUGGCUCUUUUAGUGCCUUUGGAAAUGAAGAUCCCUCUGGGAGCACAUGGUUAUCAGCUUUUGUAUUGAGAUGUUUCCUUCAAGCUCGUCCGUUCAUAGAUAUUGACGAAGAUGUACUCAUGGAUACAGCUAAAUGGAUUGUCCAUCACCAGAAAUUAAAUGGAGAGUUCCAGGAGCCUGGGAAAGUGUUACACAGUGAUCUUCAAGGAGGCACCAACAAUCCAAUUACUCUCACAGCUUACAUCAUGUCAUCCCUCCUGGGGUUCCCAGAUAAACGGCAUGCUUAUGCCAUCAAGAGUGCUACAAACUUUCUAGAAGAGAAAUUAGAAGAAGGCAUUUCAGAUAAUUACACAUUGGCACUUGUGGCAUAUGCAUUGUCCUGGGCAAAAAGUCCAAGAGCAAAGGAAGCACUGAAUAUGCUGAACCAGAGGGCAGAACACCAAGGAGAAUUUCGUUUUUGGGUAACACCUGCUUCUGAAAUGUCUGACUCAUGGCAGCCACGGUCCAUUGAUAUUGAACUUGCAGCAUACGCUCUGCUCUCUCACUUUCAUCAAGACAGAUUAGCCGAAGGGAUCCCUGUCAUGAAAUGGUUAAGUCAUCAAAGAAAUCACCUUGGGGGAUUUUCAUCUACUCAGGACACAGUGGUGGCUCUACAAGCCUUGAGUCUGUUUGCAGCUCUCACUGCAGCAAGCAAAACAGAAAUGGAUAUAACAGUGACAGCCCCUUCUUUGGAAAUGCCAGAAACAUUCUCAAUUGAUACUCGAAAUCGUUUCCUGCUUCAGACUAAGGAGAUUCCCCCUGCACAACAAAUGACAAUUACAGUGUCAGCGGAGGGAAUGGGAUUUGCUGUCUUUCAGCUGAAUGUUAUGUACAACACAAAGCACGACAAUCAGAGGCUCAGAACUGUCCAAAAUCAAGAAGCCUUUGACUUGAAUGUUGAUGUAAAAGAUGAUAAAGAUGAUACAAACCACUUGAUUUUGAAUGUGUGCACAAGGUACUUUGGUUCUGGCACGGCUCCCAGGAGUGGUAUGGUCCUCAUGGAGGUUGGCUUACUCAGUGGUUUCUCUGUGUCACCAGAUUUUGUUCCAUUAGAAAAUACCGUCAAGAAGACGGAAAAAGACAAUGGAAAAGUCAACCUAUACUUCGACUCUCUAAAUGAAACACAGGUUUGUGUGGAUAUUCCAGCUGUGAGAGACUUCAAGGUGGCAAAUAUCCAAGAUGCUUCAGUGACUGUACUGGAUUACUAUGAACCCAGAAGAAGAGCAGUGAGAAGCUAUAAUUCAGAAGUAAUGCAAAGUGUAACCUCUUGUGACUUCUGUGAAAGUGAUUGCAACCUUUGCCACCGAGAUGGUUCUGCAGCCUUGCUUCAGCACUCUUCAUUGGCCUCUUUGUUCUGUGUACUCUUUGUCCUUCAUGCAAACUUGCUGUGCAGUUGGGUGCUGUAAAAGGAAACAGAUUAUGUUUCACAUCUAAGGUUUCCAUAAAUUAUCCAAAGAAAAUUUUAUGUUCAGAUACCAGCCCGUCUUUAGUGAUUACCAUGACCAAACUCCUGCUGUGUUCAGGGAGAACUGGGCUGGCCCAUAUGGUAAAUGUCUGGCUGUGCCAGAAAACUUCUAUGAGUGUCUGCUGGAAAAGCUUUCCAAAUGUUAGUUUCAUACUGAAUUUAUUUUCUGAAGAAGCACAGAGUUACUGGGAAAGCAGUGUGAUAAAAAGUAAGCUUAGCUCCACAUUCCCACUUUGUUUUUACCCCAGCUUCCAACUGUGCUUGUUUUUUAGGGAUGUUAGUUUACCAUGCUUUUCCAAAACACUAUCUGCUUCUCCAUUAGGGUGUUGAUAAGCAAUGAUAGGAGCUUGGUAUCAGAGUUCACUUUGUUCUGUUCUGAAUAUGUGACGCUCCACAUUAAUACCGAAUUUCUUUGUGUGCUCUCAUGGGGAAUAAUAUGAAAAAAAAAAAAAAAAAAGGAGCUGGCUUCAAAGCAGAUCCAAGAGCCAAAAAGUACUGCAUUUACAAACUGCUGAAUGCUCCAGAAAGUUGUCAGUCUUCUUUUUUUUUUUCUUCAAUCAUUACAGAGCAGAUAGGUGGAUUUUUUUUUGGUCAAUUUAUAAGCUAAUAAUGCUUGAAAAUAAUGCCUCAGGAUGUUCUCAUGCAUUUUGCUCUGAAAGGCUUGUUACUGUAAAUGUGUCAAAGAUAAAGUCUGUUUAUCAGACUUCAUUUUUCCAGGGUUAUUCAGAAACAAAUGCAAUUCUCUUUCCAUGUGAGAAUGCUGGUGUCAGCUGGCAUAUAUUUAUGGCCAGAUGAAGGAAGUUUGCUUUGAGCCUGUUCUUGUUUUUUUUGAUGUCUCCUAGAAAUGUCACUCUGGGGCAUCAUUUAUGUCCUGUGCUUUCAGCAUCACUUUGUCAACAGUUCAGGUGGCAUACCCUAAACAUUUGUUUACUGCUCUCAGUGCCAUGUGAGUUGGUGGCCCUGGAUGCCAUCUGUACCUCUCUGCUGGUGGUGGGAGAGGCUUUUAGGAGGCAUGGGCUGCAUAUGCACUCAGUCCAGCCAAACGGUUCACACGCUUACUUUGCUUUGACCACGUCCGUGUAUGCUCAAGUGCUCUGCUGAAGUGGAAUGGAGGAGAGGGAUGGUUAAAAGUAGCAGCCACUUUGACAUCCAAAUCUGGUCUUUGCACAUGGGGAGAAUUACAGAUCUCUGUGAGUGUGGAAAUGUGUGAGCUUGGGAGCUUGCUCCUGAGUGAGUGUAUGAAUGCAUUCUGUGUCUGGCAGCCAAUCUCUCCUUGUACACUACCUGUAAUAUCUAAUGCUUAUUUCCUUUUGAUAAGACAGCCAAACUGUUACAAUCAUAGUUACUGAAAUGAAGUUAAUAGCUGUCAUGCUGACUAAGAGGGGUGGAAGUUUUAAUUUCUAUUGAUUCCCUUUCUUUCAUACCUUUUUUAGACGGAGUGUGUUUUUGCGCACAUGUAAUAAUAUGGCAGUCACUUUCCUCAAGCAAUUUCUAAUUUUUAUUCCAUUUUUUCUACUGCUUAAAAUGUAUAUUUUUGUAUUUAUGCUGAUCUAUAAUGUUGUUCACAAAGGAAAUUUUGCAUAUUAGCAUGGGAAGAGGCCUGAACUUCCUGGACUGGGGGUGCCUUCUAUUACCUAUGUAUAGGUUUUAACUGCAGAACUAGUUUAGAUGAGGUUAUUUGUUUUACUUCACCUGUUUUUGGAAUUUACAAUGUUUUUCACAAAUUUGGGGUUCUGUCCUGUUUCUUAGGCAGAGCUUAGUCCUGGUUCUACAUGAUCAUUCAUGCUUUUCACUUGUCCUUGGUGUGUUUUUGAUUUAGCCUUUUGAGUAGCUAAUUAGAGCCUGAGCAGAAUGUGCUGCUCUGACCCACAUGAAGUAAUGUAUUUAUUGAUGCCAAGCACGCUGCUUAGUCAGUUGGAUGGAUGCAGGAUCUCACCCUCUGUAAGUCAUUCACCGGGUUACAUGGCUCCAAAGCUAAGAGAAAUGAAGGUACAGAAUUAAACACAUCUCUGCAUCUCAAAUCCCUUAUUCAUUUACGGGAGCCUAAAUCCAAGUGUACCAAGUGUAAGAUCUGGAAAAACUUCUCAUCUGAACUGCGAUGUGUUUUGUUGUGGGUUUGAUUUUCUUGUGACCUAUGAAAGUUGGUCUUCUCUUGUCCUUGAGAACAGCAGACUUGACAAGUCAUUUAUCUCCCUUUAAUAUAAUUUCAAAACCCCAAAGCUCUCAUACUUCCAGGUUUUACUAUAUGCAGGGCUUCUGAUAGGGACAUUGGUACCUGAUUAAUGGUAGGAUAAAGGGGCUUAUUUUCUAGACAAGAUGUGCUGGAGAUAAAUUGCUCUUUUGCAGUAGAUAGUAGGAAUAAAUUAGUUCUGUUUUGCAUGCAGUCCAAACUUCCUGAAAAUCCUUCAAGAAAAACAGAUUUAAACUGCUUAGUUAAGUUUUGGAUAGUGCAGCUUUUACUAGUAUUCCCUUACAUUUGUUUUUGAGACAAACAACACAUGUUUUUAAAUGACUUUUGGCUGCCUUGCACACUAUAUUAAGAAUCAUCAGUUAUAAUGUACCAUGUCAGGGAAAUUGUUGGAGUCAGUCCUCUUUUAUUCUACUUUAUUCUAUACAGAAGGCAUUUUAUUGCAGGCAUCCAAAUCUGCAUCUGUCUCAAGCUAUUUUAAAGAAACCAUGUACACUGUAUGACUUUAAACAAAUGUUUACACUAGGUGGCUUUAGCAUUCCUGCCUCAGUGCCUUCAGUCACUUUGCAGUAGUGGCUGGUGCUUUGAAUGAGUUGCAGAGGAUAAAAUUUGUACUGUGGUGGCAGUGAAUAGAAUAUUAUUUGGCAUAGCGAAUUUUUUUUUUGUUUUCCUCAUCGUUGUGUGGGAACCUUUACACAAAUGCUCAGCAUAUGUAUUAUCCCCAUUGCUCUAUAACACCCAUUUUGGAUGUUAGUGGGGGCCAUACUCCCACUGAGGUUAAUAGGAAAUCUUGUAGCAGAAAAUCUUUUGGAACUCUUUAGCAAUAAGUUCUACAAGGAGUUUUAAGGAGUGAUGCUAAAAACAGUAAUGAAAAUGUAUUUUGGAGGGAGUCUUCGUAUAUUGUCUCAACUUUUCUGCUGUUCAUUGAAAUCUGAGUGUACGCUGGUAUUUCCCAUGCCCUUUUCAGCUACAGGGUGUCAAUGGACAUGGUCUGUCUAGGGCCCUUAAUAUGCUAUUGAAUCAGUAAGAGCCAUUUAUUUAGGAUUGAGUGAAACAAAA